CGUGUGUGCUGUCACGGAUCACAUGACGCGGAAUAUGGUCUCCUGACUUGAUUCCGUUCUCUUGACAAUCGCCAGCUGUGUCUUCUAGCUCUGUUGCUACCGAAAAACUCCCGUUAAACACUUAAUCGAGCACUCCAGACCCUCCCGAGCUACGGCCACACCGAAUAACGGAUAAUGGCGGACCAAGCAUAUGUGACUCUGGCCACGAAUGACAACUAUGCUAAAGGAGCGAUGGUUCUGGGGAGGUCGCUACGCAAAAAUAACACAACCAAACAACUGGUGGUUCUGAUUGGACCGCACGUAGCAGAGCCCUGCAGGGCCGUGCUGAGGAGCAUCUACGACGAGGUGAGUGUGGUGGAAAUCUUGGACUCUGGGGACACGGUCCACCUGGCCCUGAUGAAGAGACCGGACCUGGGAGUGACUUUCACCAAGUUACACUGCUGGACACUCACACACUACACCAAGUGUGUGUUUAUGGACGCAGACACACUGGUGUUGUCCAACAUUGAUGAGCUGUUUGAGAGGGAGGAGUUAUCUGCGGCGCCUGAUCCUGGUUGGCCAGACUGUUUCAACUCAGGCGUGUUCGUCUUUAUACCGUCCAAUGAAACAUACCGCAGCCUUAUGACACACUGCACUGAGAACGGCAGCUUUGACGGUGGGGACCAAGGGGUUCUGAACAGUUUCUUCAAUACCUGGUCAACAGCAGACAUUUCCAAACACCUGCCUUUUAUCUACAACCUCAGCAGCAUCGCUAUAUACACCUAUCUACCAGCCUUCAAACAGUACGGUCGUGAGGCUAAGGUGGUCCACUUCCUGGGGAAGGUGAAGCCGUGGAACUACUCCUAUGACACCCAGACCGGGAAGGUCAAAGGUCAUACCCUGACCCCUGGCUUGGGUGACCUGCACCCUGACUUCCUAGUUCAGUGGUGGAACCUCUACUCCUCUGGUGUCCUACCUGCUCUCAGAGACGCAUAUGGAGACGCACUGUUCUGCUCUGGCUGCACUGAGGAUGAGGUCUGUGACAGUGUGGUUGAGAUCAUCCGCCCCCCGCCUCCCCCCCAGGCCCCCCAGGUGUCCAGUGAGGAGAGGAGGCAGCGAUGGGAGGCGGGCCAGGCGGAUUACAUGGGAGCCGACUCCUUCGAAAGCAUCCAGAAGAAACUAGACUGCUUCCUCAAGUAGAGGGCCAGAGGAGGGCAUCCAUUGGCAGGCCUGAGACACGUUAUUCAGGGCGGGGAUCAACUGCCAACCGACCAAUCAGAAGAGAAAGCUGUAGAGCAUGACGUAUUGAAAAAUAGUCCCAUCAUGGGUCUCUCUCUCUCUGUUUUCUCUCACUGUGCGUGUGUAUGUCUGUGCGUGUGUAUGUCUGUGCGUGUGUGCGUGCGUCUGUGUGUGGCCUGGUCCUGCAGAAACAACCCCUGCAGAGACUGGUCCAUUCAGUGUUUGAACACCAGUUUACUACACUAUGCAGCCCCAUACCACCACCUCAGCGCAGAAGCCUUGGUCAGUAAGUAAUGACUCCGUAAUAAACUCACUGUGACUCUGCCUCACCAAGUCCCAUCCAGACCCCAUGACUCUAACAGCUCUAACCCAGUUACUCAGUCAAGCCUGAUAAUGAUAGAGAUAGGGCAGUCGUGUAACUCUUUAAAGUAUUCCGAGAUGCAUGGGUAUGAAGUAUUUUAGUCUAUGAAAGGGAAGAAUGUUUAUUUUGUUUAUUAUUGUGUGUGAGUGUAAUAUUAAUAAAAGUUUGCAUCCCAGUGGUUAUUUUCUCUCUCUGUAUGCGUGUUGUGCAUGGUUGUUUCUGUAUAUUAUGAUUAUUGUGAAGGAAGCACAUUUCUAAAGUGUAAAACCCACCGUAGCACUUUCCUCUCCCAACUGGGAGAAGUUGUCAUUUCGCCAUGUCCUGUUUGUUGUCAUCACAUCCUGUUGGCGUCGUCACUUCCUGUUGGGUUUCAUCACUUCCUGUGUAGUCUGACCAAUUGCCUUACCGCCAUCAGACUCUUAUUACACAAUUAGGCCUAUCCUCAUUGUCACCGUUCGCUGUUUACAGAAAACACUCCUCUGCUGCUGCCAUACCCCCCCUCCACCUCUAUUCCAUUCAACCCUCCUACAGACUUACCUCCACGCUUCCCCUGCUCCACUCUACUCCCUCUCCUCCAUCCUCAACUUGCCACUCCCCCAACUCAAUUCACCCCUCCUACAGCCCCACCUUGUCAAUCCCCCCCUCCACCACCAUUCUGCCUCCACCCUCCAACAUCCCCACCCUGAUGUCUCUUCCUCUCCCUGAAGUGUGUACCUUCACUCCCUCUUGUGGAUUUAAAAGGAAUGGACUGGUGUGAGGAAAAUCCUAUCAGAAAUUAUUUUAACAUGGUGAAACCUCGUCCAUGAUUAAUCCAAUGCUUUAACAUCCAUGAAGGGGACUGAGUGAGCAAGUCAAGUGCACACAGGGGUACAGUAGAGAAUCAUAACACACACACAGCCUAUUAUGAUCUAGCCCACAAACGGCUCUAUAGAGAAGUUUCCAAACGCUGUAAAGCCUUGUGUGUUCUGAACACACCCCAGUAGUUCUAUCACUGUUUCUGUUCUCUGUAGAAGCCUAAUAAAGGACUGGUGAAGAA